AUGCCUUUAGCAAUAUCCUCUCUCAUCCGAGGCGCUCGCAAAGAUACGGGUCAAGGCUCAUCGCAAUCGCAAUCUCAGUCGCAGUCACCUGACCUUUCUCAGAGCAGAAGAGGAUCGCUUCAGUCUGCAACUGCAAGUCACAGUGCUGCCGCGCAUCCUCUCCAAAGGGAUUCGCGUGUCGAUAGUCGAGCGUCUGCAACGCCGACAGCACCAGCGCCAACCUCAUCGUCCACAUUCAUCCCCUCGCCCUCGACCACAUCUGCCGACUCCAAUUUGACGCUCAAAGGCACGCAACCCUUUCCCAGCAGGCUUCCCACGUCCCAUACAAGUCCCGAUCUCUCGAUCAGGACAGCCGCUGCCGCAUCUUCUAGCAACAUGCCUCGACCCGGAUCUGCCGCGGCCGUGUUCUCUGGGACCGGCAAGGUUGGGAGAAGAGGUAGCACACGCAUCAGCGAUGACGGGCACGGAAGGGGUGCUAGUACCGGCGUUCCAGACAGGCACGAGCUGAUGCGGAGAGCCAUGGCUGAUGCUGCAGCCCACGAUAUCCUCCAAGGCGGCGAAUCGUCCGGCGAUGAGGAACCAUCAAGAAGAGGCGGUGCAGGCAAUGCCAGCGCAGCUCCGAGCAAUACUCGCUUCAACAAUGUCAAUCCAUUCUCAGCUCAACCACCCACAGCUCCUGCCAGGCUGGCCAACGUGGACACAUCGACUGCAAAUGCCGACCUCAACACGCUAAAUGCGAGGCAAGUCGAAAUACCUCCUGCAUCGCCUGGCGAUCGACCCGGUGAAGGCAGUCUGAACUUGGCUGCAUUCACAUUGGGCGAGAUUGUCCAUGCGGAUGGAUCUGUUCAACCCAAUCCUGCAGUCCACUCCAGCACUGCCGGGAACGGUGAUGCUCUCACUGCUUCUGCUGCAGUCGGUCCAGGGCAGCAGAGCAAAGCACCAGCUAGACCCAAGCUUGGCAGUCGCAACAACAGCUACGCUUCGGAUAUGGGUGAGGUGACGGUGUCGCCCAGCGCAGCCUCGACCGCCACUGCGUCUCCUCACAAAAGCCAAAGUGGUCACGGCCGCUAUGCGACGACUGGAACCAUGGCGCCUUCCAUGGCAGAUCGCGGUAGAGCUUCUUCCCUCGCACCUCCUACACCUCGCGGCACCGACAGCCAUUCUCCUUCGAGAUCUUCAGCCAUGCACGAGUCGGCAAGCACUUCUCAAUUGCUGCCUCCUAGUCCUCUUGCGAGGUUGCGAAAAUUGUCGGAUGGUCCUGUAAGAAGGGACACGGCCGAGAGCACCAAGAGUGCUAAAAGAGGACCCGCUGGAGGCAUAGCUGGUGCUCUGGCUGGAAGCGCGAUCGGAGCGGCAGGCAUAGGUGGAAGUCAAGGUGCGAUGGCCAGGCAACAAGCAAUGGUUCGAUCAGGCAGCAAUCUCGACGCCAAUUACGUGGGUGGGAGCGAAGGAGGUCUGUAUCGAAAUCCACAGACCGGCAGGAUGUCAGAGGUCGGACCUGAUCCCGGAAUGCUCGGGACGCCGUCGGAGGAAGCGAUAGAGGGAAGGAGAAGAGCUUUGAGAGAGCGAAGCACGAGCAGUAGCUUUAGCUUUGCGAGCGAUGCGAGCGAAGCCUCUGGACUUGGAGCGGCUGCUCAUUUCAGUGCUGCUGUAGCUGCAGGAGGCCUGCACGCUCCACACGGCCUGAUGCCAGGAGCGGCCAGUCUAGCGCCACCCACUCCGCGACUUGUCAGCGCUGUUGGAGAACCACAUCUGACUCCCGGCGGCAUUGGCGCCGUGGGAGGCUUGAGCCCCGCGGGCACUGGAGAGGGCGUGUCUCUUUUGGACGACGAUCAUGCUUGGCCCGGCGAUGUAGGCGUCGGACAGCAGAUCACCGGCUUUGCGGUAGCCAGCUCCAAGAGAAAUGCGGAUUUCCAUGCUCUCUUCCCAAGCGUGCCCGAGGACGACUAUCUCAUCGAAGGUGAGUAGCAUACGUUGCAUCGGCAGAUCAGGUCCGUGUGAGGGGCUUAGGGGCAGCAUGUAUACCAAGCUCACUGCGCUCCUUCUGCUUCGCACGUGGGCUCGCCUUGCGAUCGCACACAGACUACGGUUGCGCUCUCGUGCGCGAGAUCCUCGUUCAGGGACGCUUCUACAUAUCUGAGAACCACGUCUGCUUCAACGCAAACAUCUUUGGAUGGGUGACGAAUAUCGUCAUUGGCUUUCACGAGAUCGUAUCGAUCGAGAAACGCAUGACUGCAUUUGUAAUACCCAACGCUAUACAGAUGGCCACAUUGCAUGCGAAGGUAAGCUGGGGCCACAUGAAAGCACUAUUGAAACCGUUGACGUGGUCCUCUGUAUCUCCACACAGUAUACGUUUGCUUCUUUCUUAUCGCGAGAUGCGACGUAUGAUCUCAUCGUCAAUAUUUGGAAGCUUUCCCAUCCCUCGGUCCCUGGUCAGGCUACCAUCGAGGUCCAAUCGGAUGACGAGUCGGUAGAGAACGAAGGCGAUGCUUCUAAAGAUGGAGCAGCCGCAAAGCCCACAGAGCAAGGCGCGCCGCGGGUGUCAAAGCGCAAGAAGCUGCGAAUGAAGCUGAAGAGCAACAAGGAAGGUGCUGCGAAUGGCGCCGGCGCCGAUUCUGGUGCAAACGGUAUGUCGGGAAUGAACGGCGCGCCACUUUCACCUGCUGUGGCUUUGGGCGCUGCAGGCGGCAAGAAAGCUCCCCACAGAGCUACGAGCUGCCCAUGCGAAAAGGAAAAGAAGCAUAUGCCCACCGUCGCGCUCGACCAGACCUAUCCGGCGGUGCCCGAGAAGUUAUACAACCUGCUGUUUACCAGCGGUUUCAUGAAGGAUUUCUGGACUGUGGAUCAGAAGCUCAUGGGUGAGUCGUGAAGUGCAGAACGAUGCUGCGCAAGCAGUUUGAAAUGCUGAAAAUACCUCUUUCUUGAUGCAGAUUUGCAAAUGUCGGAUUGGUCACCCGAUACCGCAAAUAACAACAUGCUGUCCAGGUCAAUGUCCUACAUCAAACCUUUGGCUGGUGGUUUUGGUCCUAAACAGACAAAGUGCGUGAUCACGGAUGAAAAUUUGCACGUCGACAUGGACGAUUACGUCAGCACCAUGACGACUACGAGGACACCUGACGUCCCUUCAGGAGGAAGCUUUGCGGUCAAGACUCGAACCUGCUUCACGUGGGCAGGUGGCAAUACCACGAAGGUCUAUGUCACUUGUAAUGUUGAAUGGUCUGGAAGGAGCAUGAUUAAAGGUGAGAGCAGUCAAUCAGCAUCGCUGCGAGGUGAGCUCAGCUGACGGCGCCAUUCGACACUUGUGCGACCCCUAGGCAUCAUCGACAAAGCGUCCAUCGACGGCCAGAAGCAGUACUACAAGGAUCUGGACGUUGCGGUCAGAAAGUACCUGAAAGAACACGCUUCAGAAUUCAGAGAAGAAGGCGAUGAUGAAGCUGCAGACGAGAUGCGAGAGGCUGUAGCUUCCACUCCAGCUGGCGAGACGUCUGUUGAUCCCACCUCCAAAGAGUCUUCCAAGGCUCUUGCGAGCGAGGCUUCGAACACGAGCGAAGCUGGGGGCAUCAUGGGCAUCUUGUCGACCAUCUGCGGCACGAUUGCAGAUCUGACAGGGGGCGCUAUCGAAAUGGUGGGCGAUCUUAGCCCAUCGAUGCUCAUCUUAGGAGCACUCGUCUUGGUCUUGCUCUUGACGAAUAUCUGGGCAUUGACGGCGAGUGGUGGAGCGAGCAAGAGGGAUCCUUCCGAUCCACACAAGCUUGUCAAAUCCCGCAAGUCCAACUCGGCUUCUUCUUCGCUUGCGGCGGAUACGGCAAAUGCCGAAGCCAUUGCUCUCGCAGUGAGGGGCGUGUUGCAAGAAUAUCUUUCUCCUGUCCAGCAACCGCGAUACACCGGACAAGAAAAAGUUUUGCCUAGCGACCCACAGAAAAGCGAGCAGGGCUUGACCAAGGACGACGUGCAGACUUUGGCUAGUCUGCUCGAUGACGUGGAGAAGAGGCUUGCUGAUCUGAAGUUAAAAUUGGAACGCGCCAGGUCCGAAGAGAACAAGAAAGGCAAGGUCGACAGAAAGAAGAAAGCGGAGCUUUGA